AUGAGAAAAAGACUAAUCCAGAUCUUUGGCUUCCUUAUCUCAACACUAGGAUGGCUUUUUGUGAGCUGCACCAUGGCAAUGGAUUAUUGGAGGAUUGUAUCUAUUGGUGGCCAAGGAGGAUCUUGGAUCAUCAAAGCUGCCUGGUACUGGUCCAAUCUGUGGAGAGAUUGUUUUACUGACACAACUGCUGUGACCAACUGCCGUGAUUAUGAUGUCUUGUGGUCUGUCACGCCCUAUGUUCAAGCAGUCAGAGGUCUGCUAAUGAUUGGCAUGAGCAUGGGCUUCUUUGGUGCCAUCUUUUGUUUUGUGGGGAUGGAGUGUACUUACAUCGGUGGGAGUGAGAAGACCAACGACAAAAUGCUUUUGGUUGGAGCCAUCUUCCAUUUUUUUGGUGGUUUGUCGGACAUUACUGCAUAUUGUGUGUACAUAAACAGAGUCGCAAGAGUUACAUUUGCACGAUCUGUAGAGAGAGGCGUCCUAAGGUAUGGGAUUGGAACUCCCAUUUUUCUUGGCUUGGUGGGUAGUUUCUUCAUUAUCCUGGGAGCUGUUCUUUACACUGUGACUGUCUACAGGGUCAUCUUCCCCAAGAGAGUGGUUUAUGCUAUCGCACCAAGAACUUACAUGGCUCCCCGGGCAAACAGUAGGGUCUACUACGGCAAGCCUUACUCUGCAUAUUAUGGACUAUCGAGGCAAUCCCGGCUCUCAAAAGGCUCCAGCAUAACCACCAGCUCACAAAUCUCCAGGAUUAGCCAGAUUUCAGACAAACAAACGUCAGAGAGGGAUGCUUUCGUGUAA